AUGGGUGGCAGAUUUGUAUUAGGAAGAAUUCCUUUAAUUCGAAAUAGUUUAUUUACUUCCUCCUCCUCAACAACAACUAACAAUAUAUUAGAUCACCCCAUUAAUAGGCCAAAAAGAAGAAAUUCUUCUGAAUGUUUACCCCGCCCAGUUCAAUUUGACGAAUCUUCUGAGCAAUAUAGGUGUUUUUGUGGAUGUUUUCAUAUAAAAACUGGGGCCUAUUUAAUUUGUUUUAUUGAAAUAUUUUUUAUUUUGGUAAGUUUUUCUCUUUCUAAAGUAAACAUCAAACUAAUUUAA